AUGUUGUGGUUUGCAUCUUAUAACGAUAGGAAUCAUUUGAAAAGAUAUGGAAAUGGUUUGCAUACGAAAUGUAUUGACAAGAGCGGUUACUUCACGAAAUCGUUUUACACUAUUGAUGAGGAAUACGAGGUUUACCACAGAGACGGUGCUAUAAUUGCCUUGGAUUUUCUUAAGACAUUCAGGGGUGCAGCACAAGCACCAGUUCCAUUAGAAAAGUCAGCUUCAAAAUUUCCAGAAGACAAAAAAUCGACUUUAACAUCUACAAAAACCGAGAAGUCCGAUGAUGCUGGAGGAUCAUGCACAAUCACAGAAAAAAAACAAGAAACGGAGCCACAAGCUCCUUCUGUAAAUGAUGGCAAGGGGAUAGAUUUAUCCUCCACAUCAAUUAUGGACCGGAAAAUUGCCCAGUUAGCAUUGGAACCUGGAAAGGCAUCCCCACUUCCACCCCGCGACGGCGAAAAGGUGGUGUCGGAACGGAUCCUUCGGUUAGCAAACGAAAUAGUCAGUUUAACGAUUUUUGAAGUGGCAGAUCUGAAUAGCACGUUAAAAAAAAAAUUGAAUUUGCCAGACUUUCCUGUCUCUGUUCAAUCAUUCGCUACUUCAGGAGCUACGUCUGCUACAGGAGAAGAGAAAGCGGAGAAACCUCAAUUAUCGCAAAAGACAUUUUUCUCUGUGAAAUUAACGAAAGUGGAUGAUUCAAAGAAGAUCCCAUUAAUCAAAGAAAUCCGUACAACAAUUGAAGGUUUUAAUUUGGUACAGGCGAAAAAAUUUGUGGAAACAUUGCCUGCUACGGUGAAGGAAGAUCUGAGUAAAAAUGAAGCUGAAGAACUGAAAACAAAACUUGAAAAAUUAGGUGCUGUCUGUGAAAUUGUCUAA